GGUGGGAGGCUGGAGGCUGGAAGCGUCUGCGGCUGGUGUUCCCUUUCAGAGGAGCUGCACCCUUUUAACGCGCCGCUAACGGAGCUCCGUUGUCUGUAGGAAACAGGCUUUUCGCUGUGACCUCUGACUUGUCUUGAUCAGGGGAAAGUUGGUGGCCAUGUUUAAUCUGAUAAAGAAGGACAAGGAGAGGGAGGGCAGCCGGAAGGAGAAGAAGGAUAAGAAGGAGAGGAUGUCUGCGGCCGAGCUGCGUAGUCUGGAGGAGAUGAGCAUGCGACGGGGUUUCUUCAACCUGAAGAGGGAGGCCAAGCGGGAGUCCAAGAACAAGCUGGAGAUCUCUCACCCCAUCCCCAUCAAAGUCGCCAGCAGCAAUGAGCUUUCCCUCACGGACAUCGAGUCGGACGGGUUGAGCAACCGGAGCAGCGUGGUGCUGGAUGAGCAGCUGAGUGCUGCCAGCUCCACCGACGACCUGAAAGGUGAAGGUGGAGGUGGCCAGGAUGGACACCGCAGCUCGGUGCGGGAUCGCGUGGCUCAUUUUGGUUCUUUGGCCAAGCAGAACUCCUCUCAGAUGAUGAAACGUUUCUCCUUCUCCCAGAGGAGCAAAGAGGAGAGCCCCUCGGAGGGCUCCACGCCAUCUGGUCAGAACUCUGCGGCGCCGUCCCCUCAGGUGGAAAGCAAAGUUUUCAGUCUGCAUCAGAAGCACAGCUGCAGGCUACAGCCAGGAGCAGCAGAAACCAGGAAUGUCUCCAUCCCUGACGUGGUGGAUAAGACUUUCCACGCCAAGCUGCCGCUGCCGGCUGUGGUCGCUCCAACUGCACCUGAAGCACGGGAACUGGAGCUCCAACGCCGCAACACCGGAGACUUUGGAUUCUCUCUGCGUCGCACCACGAUGCUGGAUUGUAGCCCGGACGGAGGAGUUUACAGACGUGUGGUCCAUUUCGCUGAACCUGGUGCCGGCACCAAAGACCUGGCUCUGGGGUUGGUGCCGGGCGAUAGGCUGGUGGAGAUAAAUGGAAAAAAUGUGGAAAACAAGAACCGAGACGAGAUCGUGGAGAUGAUCCGUCAGUCUGGAGACACGGUGAAGCUGAAGGUGCAGCCCAUCCUGGAGCUGAGCGAGCUGAGCCGGUGCUGGCUGAGGAACACGGAGGGUCUGCCUCAUGACGCCAGAUAUAUUAAAGAAGAAAACAAGCCAGACAGCAAAAGUCCAGAGAACGAUGGGCUGGCAAGCCGGGCCAAGUCUGUACCAGCUCUAGAUCCUGGCAGGGGAUUGUUCCAGGCCAGAAUCCCUCCACCAGGUUCCCCUGCAGAGCCAGUAGGCCGGGUCAGGAGUCCAUCCCCACCAAAAGUCAGGAUUCCUGUUAAGGUCCCGCUAAAAAGCCCUGAGCCACCAACAAAAAUGGAAGUUCAGCCACCGCAGAGUCCAGUUUUUACCAGUGAACCGAACGGAAUAGAAAGUAAAAACAUGGUCAAUGGUCACCUUAACACUCCAGGUUUCAUCACCAACCCAACUGACUCUACUGAUGACCAGAGUUUAACACGUGAGAAAGUUGUGAAGGUGGUUCGUCGUGUUGUCAGGAAGGUUUUACCUGCAGAAGAAAAUGAAGUCAGUGUGCCAACACAGAAAUCAACCAAAGUGGCAGAAACAGCCAAGCUUCCUCCUGAGCCGGGCAGAGCAGCUCCAGGUCCACCAACAGCAUCUAAGGCUCAAACAAUCUCCGGGUUUUCCUUUAAACAUGAUGUUAUCAAGACUGAAGACAAAGACAAGAUUUCAGGAGGACUGAAGAACCUGUUUAGAGGCAGGACGAGGGAACACCGUCCACAGAUUUCUAGGAAGGACCGACCAGAGAAAGUUGAACUGGAGAAGCAAAAUGAGAAAAAAGAUGAGAAAGCAGAGCUGGAGCAGAAUGAGGAUCUGACGGAGGCAAAAGUGAAGAAAACCACUCAUCAGUUAUGGGAUCAUAAUCCCAGAAGUUCUAAUUCAGGUAUAAGAGAGGUCUUGUCUCCUGGGCUCACUGAUAACCAUCCAGUUUCAGUGUCUGGAGGUUUACCUCAAACUUCUUCAAAACUAACUCAUUCUGGACCUCUAUCUCUCCCAUCACUGUCGGGUUUUAUUCCAUCUCCCACAUCCACACUGGUGACAUCACCUUCAGUAUCUUCACCCAAACCAGCUGCUACCAUGAAAUCCACCCCCAGAAAUCCUCUUUUUACUGGCACACCAGCCCCAAAAUCCUCCCUACCAUCCCAUCCAGACCCUAAACCUUCUGGACUUCCAGCUCCUCCAUCCCAUCCAGACCCUAAACCUUCUGGACUUCCAGCUCCUCUCCAGCCCAGUCUUGUUCCACUGUCUCUGUCAUCAGGAGUCAUUCCCAUCCAACAACCUGCUGUUGGUCAGCAACAGGGAUCAGUGGAAGAGGAUUCGUUUUCCCUCCUCCAGGCAACUCAUGUUGCAGCUAUGCAGUCCCAGGUGAAGACAGAGGAGCAGAUUACAGAAGAGCAGGCCUGGUAUGGAUCAGAGAAAGUCUGGCUCGUUCACAAAGACGGCUUCUCUCUGGCCACUGUGGUGAAGACAGACUUUGCCUCGCUGCCAGAGGGUAAGGUGAAGAUCAAACUGGAGCAUGAUGGGACAAUACUGGAUGUAGAUGAAGAUGACAUAGAAAAGGCGAAUCCUCCGUCCUUUGACCGAUCAGAGGACCUGGCCUCGCUGCCUUAUCUGAAUGAAUCCAGUGUGAUGAACUCCCUGAGGCAGCGCUACGGAAGCAACCUCAUACAUUCCUACGCUGGGCCCCACAUGGUGGUCAUCAACCCUCUCAGCACACCCUCCAUGUACUCUGAGAAGGUGAUGCACAUGUUCAAAGGUUGUCGGCGGGAGGACUCUGCUCCUCACAUCUACGCUGUGGCUCAGUCAGCGUACCGUUACCUGCUGACCACCAGACAGGAUCAAUCCAUCGUGCUGCUGGGGAAGUCUGGCAGCGGAAAAACUACCAACUGCCAGCAUCUAGUUCAGUAUCUGGUCUCUAUAGCCGGCAGCACUGGCAAAAUCUUUUCUGCAGAGAAGUGGCAGGCUGUUUACACCAUCCUGGAGGCUUUUGGAAACAGCUCCACUGCUAUGAACACAAAUGCCAGCCGUUUUUCGCAUGUAGUGUCACUUGACUUUGAUCAAGCUGGCCAGGUGGCUUCAGCCUCCAUCCAGACAAUGCUCCUGGAGAAACUGAGGGUGAGCAGACGACCUGAUGGAGAGUCAACCUUUAACGUGUUUUAUUACCUGAUGGCCGGAGCCGACAGCAGUCAGAGAACGGAGCUGCACCUUGGCCAACUUGCUGAAAACAGUGCUUUUUGCAUCCUACCAAACUCAAAGCCUGAAGACAAGCAGCGGGCCUCUCAACAGUUCACCAAGCUCCAGGCAGCCAUGAAGGUGCUGGGUAUCUCUAGCGAAGAGCAAAAGGCCCUCUGGCUUAUUUUGGGGGCCAUUUAUCACUUGGGGGCUGCAGGAGCCACUAAAGACGGAGAUGAAGUGGGACGCAGGCAGUUUGCACGCCAUGAAUGGGCCCAGAAGGCAGCCUACCUGCUGGGCUGCACCCUCGAAGAGCUGUCCUCGCUGAUUUUCAAACACCAGGCCAGAGGACUGCAGCACUCCACCUCAUUCAGAGGAGGACCGGACAACGCUGGCCAAGGUGACAACUCAGGGUCAAGGGUCACUGCUCUGGAGUGUUUGGAGGCCAUGGCAUCAGGACUGUACUCAGAGCUCUUCACUGUGGUCAUCUCCCUCAUCAACAGGGCUCUGAAGUCCAGUCAGCAUUCCCUGUGCUCCAUUCUGAUUGUGGACACUCCCGGUUUCCAGAACCCCCGCCUGGCCCAACAGCACCGUGGGGCCACAUUUGAGGAGCUUUGCCAGAACUACACCCAGGAGAAGCUGCAGGCACUUUUCCAUCAACGUACUUUUGUCCAGGAGCUGGACAGAUACAAAGAGGAGAAUAUACAGUUUGCUUUAGACGACAUGGAGUCCAGUCCCUCUCGGUCUGUAGCAGUUAUUGAUCAGGCCUCAACCCAAGCAUUGGUUCGUACUCUGGCCCGGACAGAAGAAGCUCGAGGUCUGUUGUGGCUGAUGGAAGAGGAGGCUGUUCAGCAUGGAGGGUCAGAGGAAACCAUGCUAGAUAGACUUUUCAGCUACUACGGCUCUGCUCAAGGAGAAAACAAAGGGGCCAGUCUGCUGUUACGCGGUGAGAAGCCCUUCGUCUUCUUACUGGGCCACUGCCACGGGACAGACUGGGUGGAGUACAACACUCAGGGCUGGCUGAACCACGCUAAGAACAAUCCUGCUGCCCAGAACUCUCUGACUCUGCUGCAGGACUCUCAGAAGAAGAACAUCAGUGGGCUCUUUCUGGGCCGGUCCAGUGGGGCCACGGUGUUGUCGGGCUCUAUCGCUGGUCUUGAAGGCAGUUCCCAACUUGCCUUGCGAAGAGCCACCAGCAUGAGGAAGACCUUCACCACUGGCGUGGCAGCUGUCAAGAAGAAGAGUCUCUGCAUCCAGGUCAAACUCCAAGUGGAUGCGUUGAUUGACAUGGUGCGGCGUUCCAAGAUCCACUUUGUCCACUGUCUGCUGCCUAAAGCGGAGGCAGUGGGAGGAAAUGACUUCCGUUCAACACAUGGAGAAAGCACUGACUCCGGUCUCAUGACUCUGGAUGUGAGUCUCCUGAGAGCUCAGCUCCGAGGAUCGAAGCUGCUGGAUGCUCUACGUAUCUACAGACAAGGUUACCCAGACCACAUGGUGUUCUCUGAGUUCCGCCGCCGCUUCGACGUCCUGGCCCCCCAUCUGACGAAGAAACAUGGCCGCAACUACAUCGUCUCAGAUGAGAAGAGGGCGGUGGAGGAGUUACUGGAGUCUUUGGAGCUGGAGAAGAGCAGCUACCACAUGGGUCUAAGCAGGGUGUUCUUCAGAGCAGGAACUCUGUCCAAGCUGGAGGAGCAGCGGGAUGUCCAGACCAGGAGGAACAUCUCUCUGUUCCAGGCUGCCUGCAGAGGAUAUCUGGCCAGACAGGCCUUCAAGAAGCGGAAGAUACAGGAUCUAGCCAUCCGCUGCAUCCAGAAGAACAUCAAGAAGAGCCGUGGUGUCAAAGACUGGCCGUGGUGGAAGCUGUUCACUGUGGUCAGACCUCUGAUAGAGGUUCAGCUUACUGAGGAGCAGAUCCGUGGAAAAGAUGAGGAGAUCCAGCACCUGAGACAGAAGCUGGAGAAGGUGGAGAAGGAAAGAAAUGAGCUGAGGCUGAACAGCGACCGCCUGGAGAGCAGGAUCACAGAACUGUCAUCAGAGCUGGCCGAUGAGAGAAACACCGCUGAGUCAGCAUCCCAGCUGCUGGAGGCAGAAAGCUCCGAGAGACUCCGUCUGGAAAAGGACAUGAAAGACCUGCAGGUCAAGUUUGACAGUAUGAAGAAACAGAUGGAGUCCAUGGAGAUGGAGGUGAUGGAGGCUCGACUCAUCAGGGCUUCUGAACUGAACGGAGAAAUGGACGAGGACGACGCAGGAGGCGAGUGGAGGCUGAAGUAUGAACGAGCCAUCAGGGAGAUCGAGUUCACUAAGAAGAGACUGCAGCAGGAGUUGGAGGAUAAACUGGAGGUGGAGCAGCAGAACAAACGGCAGCUGGAGAGGAGGAUCACCGACCAACAGGCAGAUAAUGAGGAGGCUCAACGCAGCUUACAGCAGCUGAAGAAGAAAACCCAGCGACUGACGGCUGAACUGCAGGACACCAAACUUCACCUGGAGGGACAACAGGGCCGCAACCAUGACCUGGAGAAGAAACAAAGGAAGUUUGAUAGUGAGCUGAGUGUUGCCCAGGAGGAGGUUCAGAGGGAGAGGAGUCUGAGAGAGAAGCUGGGCCGAGAGAAAGACAUCCUAAGUGGGGAGGUGUUCAGCCUCCGCCAGCAGCUGGAGGACAAGGACCUUGAACUCUGUGCUGUUAACCUGAAGUUGGACCAACUUGAAACUGAGCUGCAGGAUCUCAACUCGCAGGAAUCUAAAGACGAAGCAUCACUGGCCAAGAUGAGGAAGCAGCUUCGUGAUGUUGAAGCGAAGGUCAAAGACCAGGAGGAGGAGCUGGAUGAACAGGCUGGAACCAUACAGAUGUUGGAGCAGGCCAAGCUGCGCCUGGAGAUGGAGAUGGAGCGUUUACGUCAAACCCACUCAAAGGAGAUAGAGGGAAAAGAUGACGAGGUGGAGGAGAUCAGACAAUCCUGCAGCAAGAAGCUGAAACAAAUCGAGGUCCAGCUGGAAGAACAGUACGAUGAAAAGCAAAAGGUGCUCAAAGAGAAGAGAGAGCUGGAGUCCAAACUUCUGUCCGCUCAGAACAAGGUGAGGAUAGGUGACAUAGAGACAGAGAAACGUUUAAGGAAGGACCUGAAGAGAACCAAGGCUCUGCUGGCUGAUGCCCAGAUCAUGUUGGACCACAUCAAGAACAACGCACCCAGCAAGAGGGAAAUCGCCCAGCUGAAGAACCAGCUGGAGGAGUCAGAGUUCACCUGUGCAGCUGCCGUUAAAGCUCGCAAGUCCAUGGAGGUGGAGAUUGAAGACCUACAUGUUCAAAUGGAGGACAUCUCGAAAACAAAACAGGCGCUGGAGGAUCAGCUGAGCCGUCUACAGAGGGAGAAGAAUGACUUGCAGUCCCGAAUGGAGGAGGACCAGGAAGACCUUAAUGAACUGAUGAAGAAGCACAAAGCAGCUGUGGCCCAGCUGGCCCAGAACCUGGCUCAAAUCAGUGAUCUACAAGCCCAGCUAGAGGAGGCCCUCAAGGAAAAGCAGGAUGUUCAAGAAAAGAUGCAAGUUCUCCAGAGUCAGCUGGAGUUCCAGGAGCAGUCUAUGGUUGAGAAAUCCCUCGUCAGCCGUCAAGAGGCCAAGAUCCGCGAGCUGGAGACCAAGGUGGAGUUUGAAAAGACGCAGGUCAAACGCUUGGAGAGCCUCGUAGCCCGUCUUAAGGAGAAUUUAGAGAAGCUAACAGAAGAACGAGACCAGCGGAUCAGCGGCGAGAAUCGUGAGAAGGAACAGAACAAACGUUUGCAAAGACAGAUCCGAGACAUCAAAGAAGAGAUGGGUGAACUCGCCAAAAAAGAAGCAGAAGCGAGCCGUAAAAAACACGAGCUGGAAAUGGACAUUGAGAGUUUGGAAGCUGCCAAUCAAAGCCUGCAGGCUGACCUGAAGCUGGCCUUCAAGAGGAUAGGUGACCUCCAGGCGGCCAUUGAGGAUGAGAUGGAGAGCGACGACAAUGAAGACCUCAUCAACAGUUUGCAAGACAUGGUGACAAAGUACCAAAAAAGAAAGAAUAAAACUCAAGGCCAGUCAGACACAGACUCUGAGAUGGAGGACGGAGUGAAGUCCUGGUUAUCUAAAAACAAAGGCUCCACCAAGAACCUGUCGGAUGACGGCAGCAUCAAGAGCUCCAGAUAUGCUGUAAAUGUAGAUGCAAAGGAAGGGAAAGAGUGGAAAGAGGGUAAGGAGCUGGACAAAGAGGAUUUAGAGACAGACAGGUCGGUGACAGUGAUGAGUACCUUGAGUUACAGGAAAAGAGACAAUCCUGAUUCUGCUGGAAACAAAGAAGAUGUCUUCAAGAAGAGCGUCCAGUCAGAUGAUGUUGUGUCCUUCCAGAAGGCCAGAUUUACAUCAUUUGAUCUCCAAGAUGACUCUUACUCCAUCAGCUCAAGGACAAAGUCCCAGACUGAGGAUGACAAAGAGUCUGUCAUCUCCCAGGUCUCCACCAGCAGACUCAGGAGGAGCAUGAACAGCCACAAAGACUGCACCACCUCUACACCCAGCAGGUCUUCAAUGUUGAGCUCAGUGAAUGAUGAGACGUUGCCCAUCAGCCCACACAGAUUUCCUCGAAGCACCUCCUGUUUAGAUGAGACCAGUAGAGGACGGUCUCUGUACAGCAGCAGUCCCAGUCGUCCAUGUUUUAGUCGGCGGUCUGGGAGUCGCAGUCCUGGAAGUGUCAGCCAGGCUAACUCCCUGAUGUCCGUGGCCCGGAGCUGCCACCUCAGUGAGUUUGGGAUCAAUGUGGAUGAUAAUCGGAGUGUUGCCUUCACUGACCGCUCGGUGUACAGUCCUCAUUCGUCCACCAGUCGCAGUGUCUCCAUGCCUCCAACCCAGGAUAGAUCCACAUCUGACCUGGCCGAUAACCUAGAUAUCAAACCUGUCAGUCAUCGCAGCUAUCUGGAUCCCGAUCUGGAGAAAGCCAUUAAUGAAGUCUUGAGUUUUAAGCCAAUCAGAUUCAAGAGCAGGAGCCUGGAAGACUCAGCGGAUGAGAAGGAAAAAUCCAGGAGUAAUGAAGACAACAGCAUCCGCAGUGGAGAUGGGACUCGUCCUACCAGCAGGUCCUCCCGCAGCGCCAGCAGCUGCAGCAGUCGCCAUGGCAACAAGAGUAAAGCCAAGCUUAAAAAGAAGAAGAGAAGUCACAGCUCUGAUAGCUCUGGAGACAACACGCAUCACAGGAGCAGCUCGAAGAGAAGGUAUGAGAAGUCCAAGAAAAAGUCCAAGACAAAGGACGAAUCUGCAUCAUCGUCAUCUUCAGAGUCAGAGUCUGGGUCGCGUUCCGAUGCAUCAACCAUCUCAUACAGAAGCUCCAGCAGUGUGAAAAGAGCCCCAUCUCGAAGGGUUUCAAGCCCCGAGGAAAAUGAAGAAACUGGGAAGGAGAGUCAACCCUUAAACAAGAAGGAGGAGAAGAAGAGGAAGAAGAGGGUGGACAACCUGAUGAUGAAGUAUUUAUACCGACCAGAAAGUGACUGAGACAGACAUCCUCCUGGACGAAGGCACUACUGCUUCGACAGAUCUGAUGAAGAGGAUGAAGAAGUAGAGGAAGGCACGUCGGCUGUGGGCUCCAGCUACUCUAGAUGUAGAUACGGGAGUCAUAUAAAAGACCAUGGCAAUGAGGAC